CAUCAUAUCAACUUCUGAUUACAAACCAGAAAAUGUUCUUCAUCCCCGCUAUGCACCGUCUGUUCAAGCGAUUGUUAGGCUGUACCCAAAUGUAGCGUUCUGCAUGCGCGGUUUGUGCGCUGCUGCUGAAGAGGCGGCUUGCGCGACUCGUACUCUAGUGGCGGUUAACCCCACCGGUCGUAGGUGCAGAAUUCCAAUGCUCGUGUCAGCGCCCGCUUUACCUUGGCGUCUUGGGUGGCCGUGGGGCUUUGGGGCCUGCUACAUGGGCGUGAGGGGCGGUGGCGGGCCUGGCGGCAUUGGGCGGACCAUAGGGCGUGGGACAAAGGGCUGCGGGCGUGGCACCAAUCGUCACCUUGCACGACACAACCCAUCACCGCACCUCGGCCUCACCACGAUUCGCGCGCUGUUGUCGCGCGAUGGGCACAUGCUGGAGGGACAGGCUGGCCCGCUGGCGCUGGCUCGGGCGAGCUCGGCGGCGCCGCAGCUGCAGCCGCCAAGCCGCCGCCAGGGCUCGGCGCCGCCGCCGCCCGUGCGUCAGCAGCGGCGUCAUCGGUGCGCAGAGGGGCGGCGUGUCGGCGGCGGAGAGCGCGGGGAACGCGCGCAAGCAGGUCGAGGGGUAUCGCUGGCAUUGCUGAUGGAUUUCGCGAGAGAUCCCAGGCGAGCGCUGGUCAAGGACUUCACGGCGCCACAGCAGAGACGGUUCACCGACCUCAUGACCAGUAGACUGCAGGCACGUGAAGCGCCCAGACUACUGCGUCAGCCACAAGUGCGACAGCAGCCCCUUCCACUGCCUGGUCCGCUCCGCGACUACCCUUCAAUGGCGCGGUGCCCGGCGAGGUGUGCGUGUGGCUGGGCAUAUCCGCAGUCGCCGUGAACCAGCACUCGCCCCAGGAGCAGGAUAUCCACCUGGCCCAGCUGAACAACGCCAUUACUUACGCCAGCGGAGGUGUGGACGCGGGGUGGGGCCUGGGCCUAUCUCUCUGCACCUGCUGACCUACGGCUUCUCAAAAUUGACAUCCGCGACUGCUGUCAGGUGCGGGUAGGCAUGGGCGCGGCCACGUCUUUCGUCCGUCGUCCGUAGUGGGCGGUGUGUUGAAGUGUCAGACUCUGGACCAGUUGCUGGGGGUUGGGGCCUGCUGGGGCUCGGAGGUAGGGGCUGGGAGCUGAAGGAACUUGGUAUAGUCCGGCAUAGAGCGCUAGUCAAGUUAUGGUGUGCGUUUGUAAAGACAAGGAAGA